ACCAAGGGUUAGACAGAUGAGAAUAUAUACGAGAUUGUAAAACAUUGCUUAUCAAGGCUUAGACGGGAUGGGAAUACAUACGAGAUUGUAAAACAAGUUUAUGAAUAUACAGUGAAAAAGAGUUGUCUCAUUGUCAAGAAGCAACAAUUUCAGUUAUGGCAGUUGGGGUAAGUUGUUUUCCCUUUUUCUCAUUCUAAUAUUGGAUUUACACUACAAAUUGAAGUUAUGUAUUGUAUGCUAUUAAUCCAACAUGUAAUUUUUUUUGGUGAACUUUCACAUUGACACUAUUGAGGUCAUAGGUAAGGCUAUGUGUAUUAUAUCCUUGUGGUCCAACGCUUCCUCGGACCUCACACAUAGUUAAGUUCACUCUACUACCCUUUCACAUUAGAGCUAGGGAGGUCAGGGGUUCGAGCUGUGAAAACAGCCUCUUGCAAAAAUGCAGGUUGCAUACAAUAGUCCCUUCCUUUUGUUUUGAGCGAGAAGAGAAUCUAGUGAGUAUGUUUAAGUAUGGUAAUCUUGUGUAAUCAUCACUGCAAAUGUAACUUCUUUUGGCGUUUAACUGGUAAAGUUACUGAUAUAUGACCAGGAGGUCACGGGUUCAAGCCUUGGAAACAACCUCUGGCAGAAAUGCAAGGUAAGACUGCGUACAAUACACCCUUGUGGUGGGGUCCUUCCCCCGACCCUACGCAUAGUGGGAGCUUUAGUGCACCAGACUACCUUUUUUUUACGUUUAAGCAAGGUGAAGGUUAUUUUCCAUAAUUUUCCUGUUCUUCCUAACCCCCUAUUCUGAUGGAAAGCUAUUGUGAUUAAAACAUCUAACAUAAAAAUAAGGUUAUUGGUGGUUUGUCGAUGAUGAGUUUUCUACAUAAAUUUUCAACCUCUGUUAGUUUUUUUAGUAAUACUGGUGUCUGGACCAUUUUAUGCGCUCUUCGACUAUUCUAGUGAUUACUUUUGUCUCGCCAGAAUUGAUAUCGGGCAGCUUUCCAUCAAAGCUUAGACAAAUGGAAGAAAUCACUUAUGUUUCUUAUCCUUGCUAGAACUUUGAAGAUUAUACAAAUGGUUUAGAGCAAGAGCCAACAAUAAGGGAACUUCUUAGAAAGCAUAUAAUAUAUGAGGUAUUUAAGUUUGUGAGUAGAUGAGCUAUCAGCAUAUUUUUCCUAUGCCUCGCUUUCACCUAGAAGUCAAUAGUUUAUAGAAGUCAAAUUACUUUGUUCACAUCUGCAGGUUUUUCACUGAGGCGUUUACAAUUUUUUUUUCUUAACUUGCUCCAUCGGAGAAAACUAGAAAAUGGCAAAAGAUAAAGUUGCAAGCUUGGGGACUGAAGUUUCCCGGUCAAAGGAAAAAUUAGCGAAAAAAUGCAAGAGGUGAACAAAUAGCUGAUAUAUAUGUCACCAGGUUUGUGUUGGAUCCUUCAAAAGUUGUGCAUUUUUGAAAGAUCCGACACGAGUGGGGUAAAAUUUUUGAAAAGUCCGAGCAACUUUGAUGCCAUUCAGUUGUUAAAAAAUAAAAUCCCGGAGGUCGAAAAUCUGUUUAUGCUGCCUUAUGCUAUUGCAGUUCUGGCUGCAGUACUUUCCAGAAUUUCGAUCUGCUACUUUGGAUAACUGUAAUUUUGCUGCCUAUGGGUACUCCUUGGCUGAAGGUGUGUUGAGACGUAGAUCAUUCAUGGAAUGCUAUUGCCUAGGAGUGUGUGCCAAUUCAUCGUAUUUUCUUCUAGGAAGGUUGAACCUGAUUGGUUUAAGAAGUCACUUGAUCCUAACUUCCGAAAACUUAAUAAGCCAAAGCGACAAGACAUUUGGGCCAGUUAUCGUACUGCUCGAGACCUCCCUUACAGUAUCCUUCUGGAUGAAUCUUCGAAGUGCAAAUAUGGGUUAGUACAUUAUUCUCCAUAUCAGUUUGCCCGACAGUGUGGUAUGACUCAGGCUGUCCCCUUACACCAAUAAGCCCAUAAACUUCCGAUUAGAAGAAAAGAUUGCCAGUUUGAAUAUUUACAUUGAAGAAACUGGAUCAAGGUUUUGCCGAUUGUAAAGAAGAUCUCACCGCGUGUCAUGGCUCUCUGUCCAGUUGACAGGCAAGAAGUUGCUGCUCUCGAAUCCAGUGAUAUUAAAUUCUCAGUCUGCUGGAACAUUUGUCCAGGAUAUGAAGAGGAAAUAUGAAGGUUUUUCUCUUAGGCGUUUACAAUCUUUUUCUUCUUGACUUGGUUCGUCGAAAACAAGAAAUGGCAAAAGAUAAAGUUGCAAGACAGGUUGCUGCUCCCAGGUCCGAUGGUAUUAAAGGCAAUGCUCAGUUUGUUGGAACACGGUGCCAGAAUAUGAAGAGGAAAAAUAAAGGGGAAAGUAUUCGCUCGCAAUCUUUGGCACAGCAAGACGAGCCUGUACAACAAAAGAAUUCACAUGAGGCAGGUGAAACAAUACCUACGGAACCAUUAUGCAAGAGGAUUAGGUUUUACUCAAGGAAAACGUUGCCACCAGACGAACCUUCUCCCAUACCUUCUACAUCAGCCUUCCCUACAAGAAGUACCCCUGCUAAUGAAGACAGGACUAAGGCAGACAUCCAACACCAAUCUCCCCCUCGCCCUCCACUUCUGACAAAGAUGGUGAGGAAGGCAGAAUCUCCCCGUCAUUAGCUAAUACAGAAGCAAGACAUCUGAUGUUAUUGAACCACCAGACUGUCCAGUGAAAUUCCAUAAUCUAGAAGAUAUCUUUGCUCGAGUUAGUGUACAACUAAAACGAGCUCAAUCUCUUGGUUUUUCUGCUGAUCAAUCUUCUCUCAUAGAGGACAAGAUAUCCACCAUGCAGAAGAAGUCUACACGAUCAGCAGAAAUUCUUGCCACAGGGAAAGGUGAAAUUGAGAGAUUAUUAGUCAUGCCUUCUGAAGACCUGCUUCUACCCAAAAACUGUUCAGCAUUGAGUGAAGCACUAUCGAUAUAUGCUGUAGCACCGGAUUUAUCGGCUGAGAGAGUGCUUGCGUUGGAGAAACUGAAAGAGAACCUUCCACACCUUUCAUUGAAAUUGUGUAGUGCUAAGAAAGUCCAAGAAGAGUAUCGUCAGAAGGCUGCCAAGAAAGUGCUCCUCAUCGACGAGCUCACAAAAGAUUAGGAGCUAUAUACUAACCUCAAACACAGCAAUGACAAGAUUGAAGACGAAAUCAGCAUGCUGGAGGCAAGCUUGAAGGAAGCAAGGAAAAAAAGAGAAGCAAUCCAAGAGCAAAAAUUGAGUUUGGGCAAGAAGUGUUUUGAAAAGUUUAAUGCUCUCGAUGAAAUGGAAGCUGAGUUUCCUAUCCUGAAGGAGAUGAAGGAGCUAGCUGAUUCGGAUGUUGCUCGAGUAACAGAAAGCUUAGCAGACUUCAAGAGUAAGAUAAUCGAGUCAUCUACUGAAUAAACCGCUCUUCAUGUAAUUUGCUGGCUAGUAAGAGCAUGUUAUUGUUGUUUGCUAUGUACUUUCUGUCUUCUGAAUGGCAAACCUAAAGUACUGCCAAGUUAGUCAAAACAUUUACUGAGUAAGCAAAGUGUGUACUUUAACUAUGGUUUCUGGUGGCAUUUGCGUAUGUGUAAUUGUCGAGAUUCAACUUGCUGUUGUGGAUAUUCUGAAACAUAUUGUUUGCAA